CGACCGCCCACUCACAGCGCUGUUUGGUAGCUGCUGGGAGCCCCAGGGGGUGUCUGACGGUCACCCUGGGUUGUCACCACCCUAUCCUGCCCUUGUUGGCUGCGGUCUGGGGGCCCGGGCCAGCUGGCCUCUGCGGGUUAAUACCCGGGCGCCUAGGGUGGCGCAAGUGCUGGCAACGGGUCAGCUUCCACAGUCACAGCGGCCAAAUAAGGACAUUAACUUCGGCCCAGUAAGAACCUUCUCCGUUACCAGUUGAAUCAAGGCAAAGUGGCUUCUUUUGAAAGCAUAGUUUCAGUAAUACCUUCACGAGAAACCUUAAGACAUUUUGAAAAAAGUUAGUAUUUGGAACCUGACAUUGCUUGGCUAGACGAACCCUAAAUCUAGUCCGGCAUCGUGCUGGGGUUCCGGGGCCUGCGGGAGCACCCGUGCGCUGAAGGAAGGCAAAGGACCACAGAGUUUGCAAAAAGUUUUAUUACAGUUGCUUCUGAACAGUUUUUUUUUUUUUUUUUUUCCUGGUAACCUAGCAGGCAAAGCUCACAUUUUUGAACGAUGACUCACUGCUCCCCAGAUGCCGGCUCUCGGGGUUCGCCCGAGGGGAGGAAGCUGUACGUCGUGGACUCCAUAAACGACCUACACAAGCUCAGCCUCUGUCCCGCCGGGUCACAGCCCCUGUUCCGUAUGUGUGCCCUCCCAGCUUGCUGGCCCUCCCGGCUUCCAGGCCACCUGCAGACGGUCGCUGCUGCCCCCCAGGAGGAGCUCCCGGACACCCGCGACCCGGGACACGGCGGCCGGGGCCUGUUCUUUAUGGGGCUGAUAACUGUGCUGAUUGUCAGCCUGGCGCUGGUCUCCUUCGUGAUUUUUCUAACAGUUCAGACUGGAAACAAGAUGGAUGAUGUGUCAAGAAGACUAACAGCCGAGGGAAAGGACAUAGACGAGCUUAAGAAAAUCAACAGCAUGAUUGUAAAGCUACUCAAUCAACUGGACGCUGAGCAAAACUAAAGAACUGAGCAUCUAAGAGCCGCUGCUAACACCUGAGCUUCGCACUCUUUCUGGGUGUGCGUGCGGUUCUGACCUGGGCACGUGCAUUUCUGCAGGACCCCAAAACAUCUGGUCAGUGACCCCCGCCCUGGGGCCAACUUUCUGCUCUAGGGAGGGGAGCAGCUCCUAGGCAAAGGGGCUGGGGACAGCAGCCUUUAGAAAAGGGCUCGUUUUCUGAAAGGGUCCUCCCGCCCCGUUGGGGUUAGGGGUGGCUGGCGUGGCGGGGAACCAGCAGCGAGCAAGAGAAUUCGCCUCUGUACCUACAACUUCUCUUACAAGAGGAGCUUUGUCAGCAGAGUAAGUUCACUGGGCCGGGGAGGUCCGUGGCACCCCGUGCAGCUUUAUGACUUCCUGGGGGCGCCUAAUGAAGUCAGCGAAUGAUUUGUAGUCAAGAGAACCAGGUGAUAAUUCUUUGCAAUAAAAGAUGUUCUGCUCAGGUGAUUAAA